UGGAGAGGAAGCUACAGAGAAAACAAAGCCUACCAUUGGAUUUGACUGGGCCACUGAGGCCCGCCCCCUAGGGUGGUUUGUGAAUGGGGUGGAGGGGGGGCAAAGGAGGCGGGGCUCCUUGGAACACUGCGAGAUAUACUCUUCCUUUGGGGAGUGCGCCGAGUUGGAAUUCGUUCCUCCGGACCCCUAGAUCCCCUUCCCGGCCCUGGGAGGUGGUGCCUGUAGCCACUGCUGGGAUCGAGUGGCAGAAAAGGGCCUGGGGGCCGCACGUCGGACUGCCACGCGAGCCCGGGCUGGAGCCACCGAGGGAAUCGAAGCGGGGGAGGCCCAGGACGACCAGUAAUUGGAUUUUCCAAACUUAUCGAACUCUCUGAGGAAAGACGCGGAUAAGGCUGGAAGCAGGAGUAAUCCGUUUAGCAGGAGCUUUGGUCGGAGCCCGUGGGGCCGCGAGCAGAGAGGAGUGGAACAGGAGGAGACAGCGGCAGGAGAAAAGAGAGGCGAGGCGAGGCGAGAAGGAGGAGGAGGAGGAGGCUGCUGCGGAGGAGAAGGAGGAGGAGCUGCAGGAGUAGAGGCGGCGGCGGCUGCAGCCUGAGUGAGCCAGUGGCUGCUCCAGCCCCGUGCUUGGCGGGGACAGACUUUGCUUUUGGGGGGGAGGGGGAGAGAGGGAGAAGAGACCGGGAAGGAGGAGGAGAUUAAAGGGACCUCGGGAAACUUUUGAACGUAAUCGGAGGCGCUUGUUGCUUCUCGACCCAGAAAGACGAACCGUUAAGUCCCGGCUUGGUAGGGUGGGGUGGUGGAGGGGAAUCUCUCCUCUCCUGGCCCCCAGGAAAGGCAGAGGAGCUUAGGACUGGUGGAGGAGCGAUCUCUGGCGCCCUGGUGGCUGACUGCUAUUAGACCUCAGCCCCGGGUGGGAGGCGGACCACGGCGGCACCCUUGGCUUGACACCUUCCCCCGCAACCCCCGGACCCCUGCCCUUGUUCUCAGCGCCCCGCCUCUAGACUCUCAUGUGCGGGGGGCAGCGGCGACGCCUCCCCGGGAUCCCCUUCUCGCCUCUUCAGACGCCUAAGCCGGCUUCUCCGAACUCUGGGUGAGGAGCGCGCUUCUCCCGCGGCUAGCAAUGCUGGGCCUAGGCACGGCCGUCCCCUCCGCCUCGCUGGGCCUGUGCGCCCUAGUGGGCGCCGCGCUGCUGGGCUUGCUGCCGGCGGGUUCUGGGGCGCAGCCUUACCAUGGCGAGAAAGGCAUUUCGGUGCCGGACCACGGCUUCUGCCAGCCCAUCUCUAUCCCUCUGUGCACGGACAUUGCCUACAAUCAGACCAUUCUGCCUAACCUGCUGGGCCACACCAACCAGGAGGAUGCCGGGCUGGAGGUGCACCAGUUCUACCCGCUGGUGAAGGUGCAGUGUUCGCCAGAGCUGCGCUUCUUCCUAUGCUCCAUGUACGCUCCCGUAUGCACGGUGCUGGAGCAGGCCAUCCCUCCCUGCCGCUCCCUGUGUGAGCGGGCUCGCCAGGGCUGUGAGGCGCUCAUGAACAAGUUCGGCUUCCAGUGGCCCGAGCGGCUCCGCUGCGAGAACUUCCCCGUGCACGGUGCGGGUGAGAUCUGUGUGGGGCAAAACACCUCGGAGAGUGCGGGAGGAGCGGGUGGAGGCCCUACAGCCUACCCCACGGCACCCUACCUGCCGGACCUGCCCUUCACUGCGCAGCCCAAGGGGCCCGGACGCCCCUCCUUUCCUUUCUCUUGCCCCCGACAGCUGAAGGUGCCGCCCUACCUGGGCUACCGUUUCCUGGGCGAGCGGGACUGCGGAGCCCCGUGCGAGCCGGGUCGGGCCAACGGGCUCAUGUACUUUAAGGAGGAGGAGAGGCGCUUUGCCCGGCUGUGGGUAGGCGUGUGGUCAGUGCUGUGCUGCGCUUCCACCCUCUUCACGGUGCUCACCUACUUGGUGGACAUGAGGCGCUUCAGCUACCCCGAGCGGCCCAUCAUCUUCCUGUCCGGCUGCUACUUCAUGGUGGCUGUGGCCCACGUGGCCGGCUUCCUUCUGGAAGACCGGGCCGUGUGCGUGGAGCGCUUCUCGGAGGAGGGCUACCGCACGGUGGCGCAGGGCACUAAGAAGGAGGGCUGCACCAUCCUCUUCAUGGUGCUUUACUUCUUCGGCAUGGCCAGCUCCAUCUGGUGGGUCAUUCUCUCUCUCACCUGGUUCCUGGCGGCCGGCAUGAAGUGGGGCCACGAGGCCAUCGAAGCCAAUUCGCAGUACUUCCACCUGGCCGCCUGGGCCGUCCCGGCGGUGAAGACCAUCACCAUUUUGGCCAUGGGGCAGGUGGACGGAGACCUGCUGAGUGGAGUGUGCUACGUGGGUCUGUCCAGCGUGGAUGCGCUGCGGGGCUUCGUGCUGGCCCCUCUCUUCGUCUACCUCUUCAUCGGGACCUCCUUCCUGCUGGCCGGCUUCGUGUCCCUCUUCCGAAUCCGCACCAUCAUGAAGCACGAUGGCACCAAGACUGAGAAGCUGGAGAAGCUCAUGGUGCGCAUCGGGGUCUUCAGCGUGCUCUACACGGUGCCGGCCACUAUUGUCCUAGCCUGUUAUUUCUACGAACAGGCGUUCCGGGAGCACUGGGAGCGCACCUGGUUGCUGCAGACUUGUAAAAGCUAUGCGGUGCCCUGUCCCCCGGGUCACUUCCCCCCCAUGAGUCCUGACUUUACGGUCUUUAUGAUCAAGUACUUAAUGACCAUGAUCGUGGGCAUCACUACCGGCUUCUGGAUCUGGUCAGGCAAGACCCUGCAAUCUUGGCGCCGUUUUUAUCACAGACUCAAUCACAGCAGCAAAGGGGAGACUGCCGUAUGAACCCGUCCCUUUCUGCCCUCCCUUCCCUCUUCCCACUCCCCACCAAACCCGCUGCUGGGGGGAGGAGAGGCUGAGGAAAGAACUUUUCGUAUUUUGGGUUUUUUUUGUUGUUGUUGUUGUUUAUUUGUUUUAUUUUGAACUGCCUCCCCUCCUUCCCUUCACCAAAGAACAUUCUGUAAUCUUCGUUGCAGAGUCUGGCAGAGGGGUGGGUUGAACAAGGGAGCCUUGAAUGUAAAGACUUUAGGUUGGGGGAUGGGGGGAAAGACACUCUGGAUACAGACUUCCAAGAGAAUAAUAAUAAUUUAAAAAGCAUUUAAAGGUACAGUAGGACAUUGAUCUCCGGCAAAGCAAAUCCUGAAGAACAGAUUCUGAAGGCUUCCCCCUUUCAGGGGGCUGAACUCUGGGGCAGUACUGUUGGCUCUCUGCUUCAAGGAAAGUUGCUUGUCUAACUCCUGUGGUGCCCGGGUGAAAGGUAAAGCUGUGUCUGCUGCGGCUUUGUUGGGAGAAGGGAGGACCCCAUGCAGUGUCCUUGUCAAGCAGUGGUCAAACCAUAAUCUCUUUUCACUGGGGCCAAACUGGAGCCCAGAUGGGUUAAUUUCCAGGGUCAGACAUUAGUCUCUUCUAACCAAUUCCCUCUCCCCCCUCCCCUACUUCUGUUUCACUCCCUUACUCCUUUCAAGUCCUGUAAAAUAAGCAUUUGAAAAUCUUGAGAGGCAAUAAUUUUAAAUCCUAUUAUAUAUGUUAAAAGAACUGGGUAGAGUUCCUAAAAAGAAUCGGGCUACUCUGGGAUUCCUCAGCUAUGACUUUCCUAAGAUAAGUUGUAGCUUUCCCUUCCUCUCUUUCCCCAGAUCCCCACUUUUAAAUUGUUUUGGUAGGGGAUGGGGUAUUUAAUAAUGUUCUUUAUAUUGAAAAGCAACAAGUCACAACACUUCUUUUCACAACCAGAAUGGUGCUUUUAAAAAAAAAAAAAAAAGCCACCCUUGUCUUUGUUGCCAGACACAAAAGAGAAAACAAAAAAGUGUCUGUGAGUGGAAAGAUAUAACUGAAAACGCCAACUUUUAUGGGCAGAAUAGUCCCCCUAAAAAUCAAAGGUUUACUUUUGGAUAGUAAUUUAGUAUAGAUGAUCAUGGUCUUUAUGAAAAUAAAAAAGAAAGAAAAAGGCAGUAUGUUUUCAUACUCCUAUUUAGGCUUAAGUUUCAGAUUUAACUAAAGGUAACUGAAGAGUAGAGGAUUUGGGAUUUGGGGGGUUUGGUGGGGUUUGUUUUUUUUUUUUUUUUGGUUAUCCUAUUUGUUUUAAACUGGGAAUUUAAUUCAGAACACCUGACAUAGCAAGCUCUGCUAAAAUGUUCAGAGAAAUCCCUUUCUUUAUGUCCCUUCUUAUAAGUCUGUAUUUAGUCUUUCUUUUUCUAUUUGAACCUUUCUAGAUGAAAGGAAGAGAAUAAUGCCUUGAGUCCUGUGAUAAAGGAAAAGUUUAAACCAUAAAGAACCAUUUUGUCCCUUUUUUUUUUUUAGUCCUAUGCAUAAAUCUCUUUCUAAAACAUGUGUAUGCUGACCUUCAGACUUUUAUUUUUGUGGGGGAUUGUAAUCUGGAAAGAUGAGAGCACUGUUAAAGUGAUCAAGAUUAAUCUCUUCUAAAACCAAAAGAGGAAAGUUCAUAUUGUGGGCCCUGUUUUUUAGAAAAAGUUAUUAAAAGGUAAACUUCAAAGUAAUUCCACAGUUCAUUUAAAAUGUACUAGAUGACUUAAGUUUAUUAAUCUUAAAAUCAUCUUUCUUUCUUUCUUUCUUUCUUUCUUUCUUUCUUUCUUUCUUUCUUUCUUUCUUUCUUUCUUUCUUUCUUUCUUUCUUUCUUUCGGGGGAGUAGAACAUGGAUUCUUUUGCAAAGUUUCCUGGAGUAGAACUUUGCUGGUUUUUCCCCUAAUUGCCAAUUUUAGAGAAAAUCCCAGAGUAGCCUUUUCUCUGCUGUUGGACACUACCCUCCUAUCCUAUUCUCCACAAUGUUUCCUAACAGUAAUUAUGUAAAGGAUACUGUCACUACUUGGAAACUGGCUUUAUGUAUGAAGUGCUGGAGAGUAAAGCUGCCAUGUUAAGCAAAGGGAGGAAAAACUGAAAUUCUUGCCCUUAGAAUCUCCAAAUCAGAUCCUUACAGAGCAUUACCACCUCUCAAACUGUGGCAUCAUUUGUGUUGUCUCUCAAGUGCAUGUGAAAAUUGUAAAAUAGAAGAGACAAUUGCAGUGUGUAUAUUUUGUAAAUCUCCCAUUUUUGUAAGAAGAUAUAUAUUGUAUUUAUACAUUUUUACUUUGAAUUUUUUGGGUUUUGCCUCUGAAAGUCUAUAAAUGAGGCCUCCACUUUACCACAUGUACAGAUCACAAAUAAAUUUUUUUUUAAAAAAGUA